CUGACACUAACAAAACACCCCUUCCGUGAUGGCGAUAGCGGUGGUUUGGUAUGACUUGAACGGCAGUUUAUGUACUGAAAUAGUGAACAUUGGUGUUUGACGGAAAUGCUCUUAAACAAACAAGUUCGUCAUCGGUAGCAUACAGAUGCUGCCAAUGAGUAAACUGCGAUUGAUAUCAGUGUAUAAUGUACCCCAAACGUCACUGUGUUUGACAUUUGACGUGUUGUGAAAACAAAAUACAAUUAUUCACGUGGUUUGGGAACUGCCUUUUACGAUGCAGUUACGAUUAAUUACUGGCGUUUAACGUCGUUAGUUACACUGGGCGUAAUGAUCCAUCCUUACCGUAUAUAUUUUUUAAGAGCAUCGUGUUUAAUGUGACAAGAUGAUUCCUUUGAAAGAUAAUGAAGAUGUGGCGUGCUUUCUCGUCACAAAACAUUCAUGGAAAGGGAAGUAUAAAAGAGUGUUUUCAAUAGGAUCAGCAGGAAUAACAACUUACAACCCUUCAACGCUGGAAGUUACAAAUAGAUGGCUCUACAACGACUUUAUCAAUGUAUCUCCUAGUGUUAAGGUUGCUGGACAGUUGUCAAAUGAAUUUACAAUUACUAUGAAAAAAGACAAGAAGAAUGAUUCAAUGAGAUUUUCCUCAGAGCACAGAGCCCAGCUCCUCACAGAAGCCUUAAAAUUCCGGUCCUCAUUUGCGGAGAAGCCUAAAGAAACGUUGAGAUAUCAUGCAUACAAACAUCACUGGUCCGACACAAGACUCCCAGUAAUGCUUGAGGUGAAGCCGUAUUCAGUAGACCAGCUGGAUCCCACAACAAAACAUGUUCUGGCCUCAUAUUAUUAUAAAGACAUCGAAGGAAUGGCUGAUGUCUGUGACUACCCUGGAGGAUUUGUAAUUGUUUGUGGUGGCUUUGGGAGAAUGCAUCUAUUCUCUUGUGGCAACUCUGGUGAAAUAAAGCAAAAGAUUAUGGAGGCUGCGUGUCAUUGUAUUGGAAUCUCAAUAAAAGUUCUGAAGGAACCAAUUACAAUGACUGAGUUUACAAAUCAGAGAUUUGGAAAAUUCAGUGGCGAUGAUCAUAUCACAUCUGUGAGUGAAUUUGUGGUUCAUAAAGUUGGUUCAUCUCGACACAGUGAUCCACAGAAGCGAACACUCUGUUUGAGUGAUACUUGUCUUCUGGAACGGGAUCCACAAACAUACAACAUAUGCACUCUGAGGCCUUUAGCAGAUAUAUUUGCUCUUGUCAGGAACCGUGAAAAUCCUCAGCUUUUUUGUAUUGAGUAUGUUGGUGGCCAGAUCCGAAGUUAUACAACAACGGACAGGGAUUCACUAUUGGCCUCCCUGCUGGAUGGUGUAAGAGCAUCAGGAAACAGGGAUGUACACGUAAAGAUGACUCCAACGUCAAGAGGGAAGAGAUUUGGACCACUGAGUAUGCCAGCUGAGGAGGAGACGGAGUCAAGUCAUCUGAAAUUUCUGCAGCAACCUCCAGGUGGAAGAACGUUUUCAGAGAUAGUCGAGAGAUUUAAUGCAAACAUUCCUUACAGUGGUCUCAUGCACUCUGUUACACAAGAUGGACUGUUCGCAGAAAACAAGGAGAAGCUUAUUACUGGAGCCCUACAAUCUCUUGUACAGAAAGAAGGGGACCAAGCAACAAUAACACCUCAAGAACUGGAAGGCCAGUUCCAGGCAUUAAGACGGCUAGUUGCAUCCAAAGUUGGCUUUGCUGCUUUUACAUCUAUGCCUGGGUUCCGAGAAAGUGUUGGCCUAAAAGUUGUGAAAGCACUUAAAAGGGAAGAUGAGGGAGUAACUCAUGCUGCUAUUGACAUGAUUUGUGCAUUGAUGCACCCAAUGCAUGACGAUUAUGAUUUGCGGCAAGAACAACUUAAUAAGUCUUCGUUACUGUCAUCACAAAAGUUUUUAGAAAGUUUGUUGGACAUGUGGAUCUGUCAUGUGACUCGAGGUACAGGAGCACUUGUUGUUUCUGCAAUGCUUGAUUAUCUGACUUUUGCUCUCUGUGUACCAUACAGUGAAACUACAGAUGGAAAGCAUUUUGACAAUUUGUUGGAAAUGGUGGCUGAGAGGGGAAGAUCACUCUUUAAGCUUUUUCAGCAUCCAUCAUUAGCUAUUGUGAAGGGUGCUGGCCUGGUAAUGAGAGCAGUUAUAGAAGAAGGUGAUGCAGAGGUGUCAGCAAAGAUGCAAGAUCUCGCCUUGGCAGAGGGUGCUCUGCCACGGCACUUGCUGACUGCUCUCUUCACCCAAGGCUCUGAUGGCCGCCUUCUUACUCAUCGACAAUUGUCACGACAUCUUGUUGGCCUGUGGGUUACUGGUCACCCCACAGCCAUGGGGCUACUCAAAAGAAUUAUGCCUGCAGGGUUGUUAACCUACUUGGACUCUGAAGAUAAGGUACCUGCAACAGCAAUAGAACAGGAACACCUUAAUACAAGAGAUAACUUGAAAAUUGCUCUGGACCAUGCAAACAAGAACCGCCGAGGCCCUCACUGGAUGGCCAUAGAAAGACAGAUACGUUUUGUGGAGAAGCAAGUUGAGCAUGCGCUGCAACACUGGGGAGCAAGGAUGGGUAUUGAGAGGAAGGAAGAGAAAAUUAAAGAAAGGCCUGUUGUUUUGAGGAAAAGGAGAGAGAGGAUUAAAAGUGAAGCAAACUGGGCUCUGUUUUAUUAUCAGUUCAAUAGAGACCAUGCUUUACCUAACUUGAUAUGGAAUCACAAGACAAGAGAGGAGCUCCGUGAUGCUUUGGAGAAUGAAAUACGGGCAUUUGUAUCAGAUCGUGAUCUCGCAGGGAAUGCCCUUAUUGCGUGGAACCACAGUGAAUUUGAAGUUCAGUAUCAGUGUUUAGCUGAUGAAGUAAAAAUUGGGGAAUACUACCUUCGUUUGCUGCUAGAAACCGAAGAUACACCUGACUCACCCAUACGACGUUCGUAUGAAUUUUUCAAUGAUCUUUAUCAUCGUUUUUUGCUCACAACUAAGUCCGAAAUGAAGUGCACAUGCCUGCAAGCAAUGGCUAUAGUAUACGGACGACAUUUUGAAGACAUUGGACCAUUUAGUGAUACAAAGUAUAUUAUUGGAAUGUUAGAGAGGUGUACAGAUAGGAUGGAACGUGAUCGCUUGGUCUUGUUUAUCAAUAAAUUGAUACUCCAUCGGCGCAAUGUGAAAGAAAUCCUGGAUGCAAAUGGUGUUAGGGUUCUGGUUGAUUUGCUAACACUAGCUCACUUACAUACAAGCAGGGCAGUAGUACCAACACAAACUAACGUAAUAGAGGCUGGCCCAAAUAUGGUCCAAGAGACUGAGAAGGAAUGGCAUUCUGGAAAUUCUGGAAAUUCAGGAGAGCGAAAGGGCCCAUUUAGCUUCAAGGAGUUAAAAGAACUUUGGAAUACUGGUGUCCUGAAUGCUAAAACAAAGUGCUGGGCACAAGGCAUGGAUGGCUGGAGAACACUGCAACAAGUGCCUCAGUUGAAAUGGUGCCUUUUAGCUAAAGGAAAUCCAGUUUUAAAUGAAAGUGACUUGGCUACACUCAUAUUGAACAUACUCAUUCAAAUGUGUCAGUAUUUUCCUAGUAGAGAUGCUGAUGAUGCUAUCAUUCGACCACUGCCUAGAGUGAAGCGCCUUUUGUCUGAUCCAUUGUGUUUGCCACACGUGGUGCAGCUGCUACUCACAUUCGAUCCAGUUCUGGUUGAAAAAGUUGCAACCCUGCUCUGUGAAGUCAUGAAAGACAACCCUGCGAUCUCCAAUCUGUAUCUUACUGGUGUUUUCUACUUCAUCCUGAUGUAUACUGGCUCUAAUGUACUUCCAAUUGCCAGAUUUUUGCAGUUAACUCACAUGAAACAGGCAUUUAAAGCAAGUGAUGUGCAUGUUUCUGAAAUAAUGCAGAGGAGCAUUCUCGGUCAGCUGUUGCCAGAAGCAAUGAUAAGUUACCUGGAAAAUCAUGGAGCUGACAAAUUUGCUGAGAUAUAUUUAGGUGAAUUUGACACACCUGAAGCUAUCUGGAAUAGUGAAAUGAGACGAAUGCUGAUUGAGAAGGUUGCUGCUCACAUUGCCGACUUCAGUCCUCGUCUGAGAAGCAAUACUCGUGCCUUGUAUUCAUACUGUGCAAUCCCAGCUGUGAGAUAUCCACAACUGGAACGUGAACUUUUCUGCAAUAUAUUUUACCUACGCCACCUGUGUGAUACUCGUAAAUUUCCAAACUGGCCUAUCAAAGAACCUGUGAAGCUUUUGAAGGAUGUACUAGAAGCUUGGAAGAAAGAAGUGGAAAAAAAGCCACCUGUUAUGUCGAUUGAUGAUGCGUAUGAAGCAUUAGAUCUGCCAAGGGGAAAGCACCAUGAUGAGUCUAUGGUUAGGAAAGCGUAUUACAAACUUGCCCAACAGUAUCACCCCGAUAAGAACCCAGAAGGGAGGGAACGCUUUGAAAGUGUCAGUAAGGCUUAUGACUUCCUGUGUAGUCGGAGCUUAUGGACAAGCCAAGGUCCAAAUCCAGAUAACAUAGUUUUGAUCCUGAGAACACAGAGCAUUUUGUUUCAUCGAUAUCAAGAAGAAUUGCAGCCCUAUAAAUAUGCUGGCUAUCCACAACUGAUCAAAACAAUUCAGCUGGAAAGUGCAGAUGAACAUUUAUUCUCAAAGUCUGCACCACUGCUUGCAAGUGCUGGUGAACUGGCCUAUCAUACAGUCCAUUGCUCGGCUCUCAAUGCAGAGGAGCUGCGCCGGGAAAGAGGUCUUGAAGUCUUACUAGAUGCCUAUAGUCGCUGUGUCUCUGUUCUGAGUGCUGCUUCAAAACCUAUUGAUGUAGCUGUACAAGUCUGUAUCCACGUUACACGCUGCUUUGCUGUUGCCGCACAGUUCCAGGGAUGCAGAGACAAAAUGGUUGAAAUGACACAGCUCAUAAAAGACCUAUGUCAUGUACUCUACUUCAAGCACCUCACACGACUUUGUGCCGUGGCAACGGACUGUGUGAGCUCCUUGGCCACUGAUAGUAUUCUCCAGAUGCAACUCCUGAAGGCAGGGGUUCUUUGGCACUUACUUCUUUUUAUGUUCAAUUAUGACUACACAUUGGAGGAAGGUGGUGUUGAAAGAACAGAGGAUGCAAAUCAGCAGGAGGUUGCAAACAAAUUAGCCAAGUUGGCAGUUACUGCUUGUGCUCGUUUGGGUGGAUAUUUACCAGGAGAUAAUAGCACCCCAAAGAAUUCAGUGAUCCAGAAAGCCUUAAGCAGUCUGUUGACACCAUACCUCGCAAGACAACUGAGCUGUGAUAAGCCAGCAGAGGUUCUGAAGAUAUUAAACAGUAAUUGUGAGUCACCAUACUUGCUAUGGGAUAAUGGAACAAGAGCUGAGUUGUGUGAAUAUCUUGAAAAACAGAGAUCAAAUAAACUCCACUAUGAUGAUGAUGACGAUCCCACAUAUGGUACAGAAUUCACAUACUCAGCACUGAAAAAAGAGCUCAUUGUUGGUGAAAUUUUUGUUCGUAUUUACAAUGAACAACCAACAUUUCCAAUUGAGAAUCCUAAAGGUUUUACAAUUGAUUUAUUGGAAUUUCUGGCUACUCAGUCAGAGCAUCUCACAUCCUUAGGAAGUAUUGCACUCACAGUGAAAGACAAACAAGUUGUAAACAACGUUGUUAUGGCUCUGGAAGCUCUUUAUAAUGUAAUUAAAAAUAAUCCAGGUGUAGAAAUUCAAUGUAUUGGUCACUUCCGACUACUAUUUGGUCUGCUUAAUGUUGAUAGCUGCAAACCUGUACAGAAGUGGAGUCUGAAUGUUGUAUCAAAUGUUACAAGAAAUCAAGAAUGUGUUAAUGAUAUAGCUGCUUCUGAGGUGGUUGUAUAUCUGCUGCUUGCUCUGAACGGCCUGCCAGAUGACCAAGCACUGGUGCUGGAUACAUUACAUGCUCUUGUUUCAACAACUAAAAUAGUAAAGGAUGCUUUGAACAAAGGUGCAGUAAUUUACCUUUUGGAUCUUUUCUGCAACUCCAACAAUCCUGUUGUGAGGGAAAAGUCAGCUGAAUUAUUGGCCCGUAUGGGGGCAGAUAAGCUUGUUGGACCUAAAGUAAGACUUGAUGUGGGACAUUUUCUACCAGCAGCAUUUGCUGAUGCAAUGAGAGAUUCACCACAGUCUUGUGUCCAUGUAUUUGAAGGUGUACAUGAGAAUCCCGAACUGAUAUGGGAUACAGAUGCCCGUCAAUCUGUUUGUAGGGUUGUCUCAAACAUGAAAGAAGAGCAUUACUUGGCACAGCGUCAAAAUCCAAGUACUGUGUGGAAGGUACCCGAAGAAAACACAUUACUGAAUAUCACAAAUUCAAAUGAAUUGAGAGUGGGAGGAGUGUACUUAAGACUUUUUGUAGCCAAUCCAGGCUGGGUUCUACGUAGGCCAAAGGAGUUCCUUGCUGAAUUAAUGGAUACAUGUAUAUCUCUCAUGAGCAAGGAAAAGCCUGAUGUGGAACUGUUGGAGUUGGCAACAAGUGCUCUUGUGUGCCUGCUGCAAGCUCAGCCUGCCCUUGCGGAUCAUGUUCCUGCACUUGGGCACAUACCGAGAAUCUGCCACCAGAUUGUGGCUCAACUCCAGCAGAGUGCCGUGCCACGAGCUGCCAUUCGGAUUCUGCACCAGCUCGCAACGAGUGAGGUUUGCAUACAAGCAAUGGCCCAUACAGAUUGCAUCAAACCCAUGAAGCAAGCAAUGCAGACGUGUAAAGACAUAAUUGGUGUUGGAUGUGAAGCUCUGAACAGGCUUUUCUCUGCAAAUCAGGAUCAGCUUAUAAAACAGGCUUUAGAUGCUGAUAUUGUGCCAUACCUAUUAGGCCUUCUGGAAGGCAGACUGGAAGCCAUUGAGAACCCUGCUAUGACUAAAGCUCAAAUAGUGAAGGCACUGAAGGCCAUGUCUCGAAAUCUCCACUUAGGGAGCAAAAUAGAAGGCAUAUUGGAGAAGUCCUCAGUAUGGGCUGAAUACAGGGAUCAAAGGCAUGAUUUGUUUAUCAGCAACACUACUACAGCUGGAUACUUGACAGGGGCUCCACCUACAACAGCAGGCUACUUAACACAGGGUCCAGCUACAACUACUUUACCUGAUGUUCCUCCACCCCUGGAUAAAGAAGAUCCUUUGGUAAGAGUGGACACCAUUUGAUAAGGACAGAAAUUGACUGAAUGAUGAUCAGUCAGACUUUGUGUGUUAGUAACUAGCACUCAGUUUCAUAUUAUAUGAGCUGCUUUUUCUAUUGUGGGAGAAAAAGACAAUGAAAAAUGUUCAUAAACAUAACAUGAUGUGGUACGUUGCUGUGAUAACUAUUUCCUUACUCUGUUGCUCCAGAUAUAAAACAGUAAAAUGAAGUUUGCAUGUCUGUGAAUACUAAGUGAAUGGUGCAUUCUCAAUGGUCCUUAAGACAUUAUCAAAGUAAUACGGGUCCGGGAUGAAUGUGAUGUCCAGAUGAAAGAAUACUGUUACUUUUCAUUUGUCGCCCAUAUGUAAUUUCAAGGGUGAAUGUCUGAUAACAAAAAUUGUUUAAAGCAAUGUAUUUUUGUAAGUAUGAAGAGUUACUGAAAAUGAAAAUUUCUUUUAUAUUUGUUUCAACUGUUUUUAGACUGACAGUUGAACUGAAACAUUCUAGCAUAAAAUAAUUUAUAUCUCCCUUAAAAUAUUAUUUUUUUAUAUGAGUGUAUUUUUAAAGACUGUAAAUUAUCAGUGUAAAGCCAAUUCCACAUUUUGUGUUUUAUGUAGUUCCUAGGUGCAUCAAACUAUGUAGAGAAACAAACUAAAUAGAACAAAUUUGCAUGUGUGUGUCAUCGUACGUAGACACAGAACUAAAAAUGUUCAGUAAGAAUGCCAUCAAGCUGGUCAAUUUUUCUUCAAUGGUAUGGAAAAAAAAAAUUAGUUACUGGAAAUAUUUUGUGUGUUUAUUAUUGUUCUGCCAGAAUGGAUAAUUGCUUUUGUUACCAGCUGUAACCCAAAUAAAGAUAUUGUGUAUGUGAGAGGAACGCACUAAUACUGUUCCUUGUUUGACAGUGUUCCUGUACUUAUGUAAAUAUUACAUAUUGUAAUUUAUGUGUGCAUUUGUGUAAAAGUACACAGUAUGCGUAUCUUGCUUUAAAAAAUGUGAAAUUAUGUUGCACAUUUGUGCUAUAACACAGCCGAGAUAUAUCACUGUCAUUUAUAUUUGCCUUUAAUUUGCAAUAUUUUGAUUAUUAUAACAUUUUAUAUGAAAAUUGCAUAAUAAUCAUGUAUAAAAUAUUUAAUA